UUGGGUUAACUCCACUUCGUUAUCAAACCCCCGUAAGCCGUAGCUUCCAGUCGCCUUUCCAUUGCUCCGGUGAUCGUACUCUCGCCGGCCUCCGCCUUGCUCCCUCUGCAACCAAACACCAAACUCCUCUAAUUUAGCUCUUCUCUGCUGCCGCCCCUCUGCCAAACGCCGUCCUUUUCUCUCAUCUUCCCUUCCUCCUCGCUUCGCAUUUUGUUUCUCUUCUCCUCCGACGAACGGUCUCUGUCUUCAGCUAAAACGUCGUACCGCCUCUCGAUCGCCGACACCGAGAAUCCAAUUAAGCCACCAGAACCCCGGCAUCCGGUCACCUAAACAACCUCGGCGUUGUUGUCAUCGACGGUCCCCGUCAACCAAGUCGGGAAAGUUCGGACCUUUUCUUCCUAUCGUUGGGUGAUUCCGGUCAGAAUUGCAGUAGAUAUGGAGGAACAGUUUAUACUCAGAGUUCCACCAUCUGUUGCGGAGCGAAUAGAGCAACUUUUGAAUGAAGACCCAUCUUCUUCUGAAGAUAAGUCAUUGGAUUUGUCUUUCUUAGAGGAUGGGAGGACUGGGACGUUUGUUAUUGGCAAUGAUAGUUUUCCUGCUUCUCUCUUGGACCUUCCUACUGUAGUGGAGUCAUAUAAGACGUACGAUGAUACUAACCUAGUUAAAACUGCAGAUGUUGGUCAGUUGAUAAUGGUCAGAGAGCCAGGUGAUCCUGCUCCUGAUGUGGUGGAGUACAGACAUGGUUUGACACCUCCCACGAGGGAUGCGCGGAAGCGAAGAUUCCGCAGAGAACCUGAUCUUAAUCCUGAGUUUGUCCGACGUGUUGAGAAAGAUCUUCUAAAUAUUAUGGCUGGUGGGACAGCUGAAACUGCUGAUGCUGACAUGGCUGAGCAUGAGGAAGACGGUCAUGACAAUUCACGUAAAGCUGGCAAGAAACCUUCACCUAAGCCCGCAGCAAAGCCUGAUGUUCCGGAGACAGAAGCAAAUGCUGCGGAACCUGAAAGGAGUGAUUCUGACGACUCUGAUGACUCAGACUGACUUGGUAUGUAGACGAAACAACUAUGGAGCCACUAUAAUGUUGAGGAGCUGCUGCUAUCUGAAAUUGAUGGCUUAAUUAGUUGCAACAUUUUCUGAAUCUUGUAUGAAAGCGACAGAACUUAGGUAUGUAUGUUAUUCUCAGCCUCUCUGCUGAUUUGCUUCUCCAGAAACUGAAAAGUUUGAGAGUUUUGUAAAUGAUCUUAUAUUUGCUAAUUAAAUCACAAUAGAAGCUCUCCUUUCAGUUCCAA